AUGCCGGGCGAGGAGCCGCGCAGGGAGCGUCUGGGGGGGCUGGAAAAGGGCAAGGCCCGCGACGGAGAUGGGGGCGCCGCUGGGCCGUCGAAGGCGAAAAAGAUGGUGUUCAAACCGAACACGAAGCAGGUCACGCGGAAACCGGCGCGGCCAAAGCCAGAGCCGGGCUCAGGCCCUGCGGGCGCAGACGCCAGCCUGCAGCACCUCCUCGAGAAGGGCAAGGGGACCGCCGCGUCGAGGCGCAGCGAGGGCGGCCCGGGCUCGCAGGCGCCCGCCGCCCGCACGCCCGGCCCCGCGUUUUAUACCCAGGCGAGGCCGAAACCUGCAACUCGGAAAAAGAAGGACGAUGGGGGGAAGAAAAAGGACGAGGGCGGGGCGUCGGGCGCGGGCGGCGCGGGGAAAAAGUCGCGCGCAGACGGAACGGCGUCUCCGGACCGCGUGCGGGUGAAGCAGGAGCCGGGCGGCGGCGGCGGCGCUGGCGGCUUGAAGGCUGUGGGGGGCGGGGAGAUGGACAUCGACGUGCCGGCGGACCUGCUGGACGACAGCCCGCCGGCCGCUGGGCAGAUACUGGACCACGACCGGAACUACCCCGUCGUCAUUCCACUGCGCCGUCCAGGACAGGAGACGCUGGUCGUCGGGAGGAGCAUUGAGGCCGUCGACCUGUCGAACCUCGAAGACAGGCCCGUGGACCUGCCAAACGGCGCGGCUCCCUUGUUGCAGACGCUGCUGGCGAAGUGCGCGGCCGGCAGCGACAGCGACGACGGCGACGCGGCCGCGGAGGCCAAGCUGAUCAUCGUGCAGCUCCCCGAGGUCCUCCCGGUGCAGCGGCCGCCUUCCAAGGCCGUGGCCGGCGCGUCAGCGAACACCAAGUCCGACCCAGACAACGACGUGCAAAUCGUGGGCUCGUCGCUCGACAAGGGCGCGAGCGGCGGCGAGGAGGCCGGGACGGAGUACCGCGGGACGGUCGGCGCGAUCAACCCGCAGGUGCACACGGACGACGGCGCGGCACUGCAUCAGCUGCCGCGGGGGCGUAUUGGCAAGCUGCGCAUCUACGACGACGGGACGACGGGGCUCGUCAUCGGCGACGUCGAGCUCUCCGUGUCCGCGGGGGCGCCCGUCGAGGCAGCGCAGCAGGUGGCGCUCUUACGAGCAGAGGACCGCAGCUGCGUGAUAUUGGGCGACGUCGAGGGGCGCGUGGUGGCUGCGCCAAACAUUGAGAUGCUAAUGGAGCAAACGGGGGACGGGGGCGGGGUGCCGACGACGAUGGGCGUGCCCGGCGAACGCGUCAUGGAGACCCUGGACUGA